AGCGGCAGCCAGUCGGUGGGUCGCGCGGUCGGCGUCCUGUCAUCCAGCAGCAGCAGCAGCAGCGCGAGCGGACCGAGAGUCACUCUACAGUCACACCGAAACUCUGAGCCGGUGCUGCGGGUGGACAGCCGCAGAGGUGCCGGUGUGCCUCAAGCAGAGCAGCGGCUUCAUUCAGCUGGAUGUUUGACGUCUUCAUGGGAACACCGCCCUCGCUAACAUCUGGAGCUCGCGCCUGAUAGUGAAAACUACUCUCCCUCGUGCCCGCGUGACGAUGUGUGGCGGAGAUAACUUAUCAAGUGACCGGCGUUAGCGUCUCAGCGGUGGAGCUGGUGGUGUCGGUGCCGUACCGAGGCUGCAGGAACCGGACUCUGGUUGAAGCUGGCAGGCGUAGGGGGAGCUAGCGAGCAUGGCUGAGCCGGGCAGCAGGAACAGCAGCCUGCAGAGGAAAAAGCCGCCAUGGCUCAAACUGGACAUCCCGACCAUCCAGCUGACGCCGGACGACACGCCCGCACUCACCCAGCCGGUGAAGCGCCUGCGCAGUGUCAGCAUGCCGGGGGAAAACCCUCAGACCUGCAUCGCUGCCUUGGAAACAUCCAACAACUACCUCAGACCACCUCUGGAGAGACUGCCCUCCUUCACACAGUCCAUCAAGAGGGGUACAGCUGACUGGUUUGGGGUGAGCAAAGACAGCGACAGCACCCAGCGAUGGAGGAGGAAGAGCCUGCAGCACUGCAGCCAUCUUUACGGGGGUCUCAAGGCACAGGUGAUGCGGGAGAUGGAGCUGCACAGCCAGGACAACCUCUCCCUGGCCAGCACUGAGACCCCUCCUCCCCUCUACCUCCCACCCCACCACCCCAGUCACCAGCACUAUGGCAUGCAGAGGAUCGUAGACCCCCUGGCCCGGGGUCGUGCCUUCCGCAUGGUGGAAGAGGUAGACGGCUUCAGUGUCCCGCAAACUCCCAUCACGCCCGGCACCGCCUCCCUCUGCUCCUUUUCCAGCUCCCGCUCCGCCCUAAACCGGCUGCCACGACGGCGCAAACGAGAGUCUGUCGCUGUCAUGAGCCUCAAAGCUGCAGCAGCACUAAUGAAGGGCCGAACAUUAGGCGACAGCACCACCGGGCGAUGUCGCAGGCGGAGCUUCAUGCCUCCUGGUUUCUUUGAAGACGACACUGUGGACUUCACUGAUGAUCUGGACACUUCCUUCUUCACCAGAGACGGCCUGCAGGACGAGUUGUCCAGCUAUGCUGAUGAGGUUUUUGAGACACCAUCAGAGGCGGCGCUCAAACAGCUGGACGAGAGCGAGCUCACAGGAAGUGCGCUGGACAAGAAUGAGCUGGAGAGGAGUCACCUCAUGCUGCCUUUAGAGCGAGGGUGGAGGAAGGCAAAAGAUGGCUCUCUGGUCCAACCUAAGGUGCGUCUGAAGCAGGAAGUGGUGAGUGUCAACAGCCACCAGCAGCGGGGACAAAGGAUCGUGGUUCCCGUUAAGAAGCUGUUUGCCAGAGAGAAGAGGCCCUACGGGCUCGGCAUGGUCGGCCGCCUCACAAACCGGACGUACCGCAAGCGCAUUGACAGCUUUGUCAAAAAGCAGAUUGAGGACAUGGACGAUCACAGGCCUUUUUUUACCUACUGGAUAACAUUUGUCCAUUUGCUCAUCACCAUUCUGGCUGUUGUUAUCUACGGCAUUGCCCCUGUGGGCUUCUCACAACAUGAAACUGUCGACUCUGUAUUGAGGAACAAGGGAGUUUAUGAAAAUGUUAAGUUUGUACAACAACAAAACUUCUGGGUGGGUCCAAGCUCAGAGGCGCUGAUUCACUUGGGCGCCAAGUUUUCCCCGUGCAUGCGUCAAGACCAAGAGAUCCACAAACUGAUCCAGGAGAAGCGAGCGAGGGAGAGAGAGUCCGGCUGCUGCGUGAGGAACGAUCGCUCCGGCUGCCUGCAGACGUUACAGGAGGACUGCUCGAGCACCCUGGCAGUGUGGGUGAAGUGGCCUCAGCACCCCAGUGCUCCCUAUCUGAACGGCACACUACGCCAGCAUGGUUCAGUCUGCCACCAGGACCCCAGAAUUUGUCUGGAGCCAGCCUCAGUUUCACCUCAUGAGUGGUCUGAUGACAUCACCAAGUGGCCAGUGUGUACGAGGUACAACUCUGGGAAUCACACCAACCUCCCCCACAUAGACUGCACCAUCACAGGCCGGCCCUGCUGCAUUGGAACCAAAGGACGAUGUGAGAUCACUUCAAGAGAGUACUGUAACUUCAUGCACGGCUACUUCCACGAGGAGGCUACUCUCUGCUCACAGGUGGCCUGCAUGGACGAUGUGUGUGGUUUGCUGCCUUUCCUCAACCCAGAGAUCCCAGACCAGUUCUCCAGACUGUGGCUGUCCCUCUUUCUUCAUGCUGGGAUCCUGCACUGCCUUGUGUCAGUGUUUUUCCAGAUGACGGUGCUGAGGGACAUAGAGAAGCUGGCGGGCUGGCUGAGAAUCUCCAUCAUCUACAUGCUAAGCGGCAUCACAGGCAACUUGGCCUCAUCCAUCUUCCUGCCCUACAGAGCAGAGGUGGGCCCUGCAGGCAGCCAGUUCGGCAUCCUGGCCUGUCUGUUUGUGGAGCUGUUUCAGAGCUGGCAGAUCCUCGAGCGACCGUGGCGGGCUUUCGCCAAGCUGCUGGCCAUCUCAGUCUUCUUCUUCUCCUUCGGUUUGCUUCCUUGGAUCGACAACUUUGCCCACAUCUGCGGUUUUGUGUCGGGCUUCUUCCUGUCCUUCGCCUUCCUGCCAUACAUCAGCUUUGGCCGUUCUGACAUGUACCGGAAGCGGGUCCAGAUCUGCGUCUUCCUGCUGAUAUUCUUGGGUCUUCUCUCCGCUCUGGCCGUCCUCUUCUACGUCUAUCCUGUUAAGUGUGACUGGUGCGAGUACCUCACCUGCAUCCCCAUCACAGACAAGUUCUGCGAGAAGUACGACCUGAACGCACACCUCCUCUGAACGCCAGCCUUUGAAAUGUCACCUGGACGGUUUAGUGGACGUGCGCUGACGCGGGCCGGUCACAACAUUUCUAAAUACUGGAUGUCAAUGAAGUUGGAUAAUGGUGCUGCAGUGCCACUUGUCACCAAGCAAGGACAUUUCUCUUGGAACAAUGAGCAGUAUUCCAGGAUUUCAUGUGGACAUAUAUGUUUGACUGUUUUUAACGGUACAGCAGACCCUCUAUGAAUAAAGGCUGUGCAUGAAGGCCUUCAGGCAUUUGAUUAAAGACACUCACACAAAAUGUAAAGUUGACUGACAAAAACUUUACAUUUGGAGGACUGAUGUGUGUGAUUGAUCUCUAGCUUGGUUAAUCAAUGACCAGUCCCACUGGAGGGGAGUUACAAAGACAGUUGUUUUCUGCCAAAUUAUUGACCUCUCUUCUGUGGUAAAACGGGCUUAACAGCACCCCCAAGUGGCCAAAUGGAACAGUACAACCUGAGACAGCUGUAGACGAUUUUGGUUUCGUACUUUUUUACUGAUAUUCAAACUGUUUUGUCCAUUUACAGGAUGUCCUUAGAGUUAAAACUCGCCAAGAAAUGAGACUUUAAAAUGCUUAAAUGUGCCUUAUUGACACACAACCACACACACACAAUGUAUUUUUGUGCCAUUUGUCAGUUUGUGUUGGCAGUUUCUGACUUUUUGGCUCCUGUUCCUUAAACUCUGUAGAAACUGUAUUUCACACUCUGACAGAAUCAUGAAAGUGUGUUUCUGCUUCAGUAUUUGGUGGCUGAAAAGCCGUUUUUAACCACACUGGAAACAAUAGUUUCCACCACAGCCUUUAAUGCACUUCAGUCACAAAUGGAUCGUGUUUUUAUACUCACCCUGUGUUACAUCAGUACAGAACACACUUGUAUGUUAAUCUGCUCCAUUGUGAAUAGCUGUUAUUGAGGUGAAUUAGUGUUUUGUUAUUCAAUGUGGUGGCGUUUUAGCUACCUGACAAUAAACACAACAA